ACAAGCGAGCUAAAGCCAAUCAAAAUUCCACGCCUUAUAGGCAGCUAUAAAAUAAACCCUCUCCCGUCUCGCUCGUAGGGUUCUCUGCACGUAGUUUGCCCCCAAAACCAAGGCGCGAGGGCAUUCACCAGGUCGGUACCGUUCUUCUCGAGUAGGAAUUAGGAAAGGAAACUUAACCAUGGAAAUCCCAGUGAUCAACCUCGCAGAAAUGGAGAUCGGUGAGCAGAGGAGCCAGGCCAUGUCCCUGUUUCACCGAGUCUGCAGGAACUGGGGCUUCUUUUGGGUUGAAAACCAUGGAGUGGACGUGGCUUUGAUGGAGAAGGUGAAGCAACUGGUCUAUUCCCAUUACGACGAGCACCUCAAGGAAAGCUUCUACAGUUCAGAGUUGGCACGAGGACUCGGACCCCAAACGAACGCCGGCGACGUCGACUGGGAGACCACCUACUUCGUGCAGCAUCAACCCGUAUCGAACGCCGGAAAAUUCAUCCAUCAUGGGCUCGAAUUCAAGGAAGUGAUGGAUGAGUACAGUAGACACUUGAUCAAGCUGGCGGAGAAGCUGGCGGAGUUGGCCGGCGAGAACCUGGGAUUGGAGAAGGAGUACCUGAAGCGUACUUUCGCCCCUGCGUUCGUGGGGACGAAGGUGGCCGUGUACCCGCAGUGCCCAGCGCCGGAGAGAGUGAUGGGCCUCCGCGGCCACAGCGACGCCGGCGGCAUCAUCAUGCUGCUGCAGGACGACGCCGUUCCGGGGCUAGAGUUCUUCAAGGACGGGGAAUGGGUGCCGGUGCCGCCGACGAAGGGGAGUCGGAUCUUCGUCAACUUCGGCGACCAAAUGGAGGUGGUGAGCAACGGGGCGUACCGGAGCGUGUGGCAUCGGGUCCGGGCCGACGCGCGGGGCAGCCGGCUGUCGGUGGCCACGUUCUACAAUCCCGACGGCGGCGCCGUCAUUGGGCCGGCGCCGGAGCUGGUGUUCCCAGCCGGGUACCGAUUCAAGGAGUACCUGGAUUACUAUUUGGGGACUAAGUUUGGGGACAAAGGUGCCCGGUUUAAGGCCGUUAAGGAACGGUUCGAGUGAGAGUAUUAAUUGCAGCCUAAUCAUAUGAUUAGUGGUGGUUUAGUUUGUUAAUUUGGUGUUUAAUAAUAAUAAUGAUGAUCUGGCUUGCUUGUUAA